GGGAGGUUGGACCGGGAACAAUAGAGAGAAACCAAGCCAGCCCUGAAACACCAAACAAACCGAGAGGGCGACAGAAAGAAAGAAAGCAAGCAAGAAAGAAAGGAAGGCAGCGGAGGGAUGGAGAGAGAGACGGACACACGGACACCAUGUGAGGAAUAAAGACGGAGCGGAGGGCGCUUUAUUUCUCUUCUUUCUUUUGUCGCUGGAUUGUAUUGAAGCGGAUUCCGAUAUGAACCCUGCAGAAGCGGCCGAGGAGGCGCCCAGCGACCCCGACACUGAUGCCUUCUACAAAACAGGGUCACUGAGGACUGAAGGCAUCAAGGCGUCUGAUGUUCUUCCUGUGCUGAAGGAGAAAGUUGCCUUUGUGUCAGGUGGGCGAGAUAAAAGAGGAGGACCAAUCCUGACUUUUCCUGCCAGGAGUAACCAUGACCGAAUAAAACAGGAAGACCUGAGGAGGCUGGUAACCUACCUGUCUACUGUUCCCAGUGAGGAUGUAUGUAAACGUGGUUUCACCGUCAUCAUCGACAUGCGUGGUUCUAAGUGGGAGCUGAUCAAGCCUCUGCUGAAGACGCUGCAGGAGUUUUUCCCAGCUGAGAUCUGUGUGGCACUCAUCAUCAAACCGGACAACUUCUGGCAGAAACAGAAGACGAACUUCGGUAGUGCAAAGUUCUCCUUUGAGACCAGCAUGGUGUCAGUUGAAGGUCUGGCCAAACUGGUGGAUCCUUCCCAGCUGACAGAUGACUUUGAAGGCUCUCUGGACUACAACCAUGAGGAGUGGAUGGAGCUGAGGGUCUCUCUGGAGGAGUUCAUGUCCAACGCUGUUCACCUGCUGUCCAGACUUGAAGACCUGCAGGAGCUUCAGUCCAAGAAGGAGUUUCCUGCAGAUGUGGAGGGAUCUCGUCGGUUGAUAGAUGAGCACACACAGCUGAAGAAAAAGGUGCUGAAGGCUCCAGUGGAAGAGUUGGACCGUGAAGGCCAAAGGUUGCUGCAGUGUAUCCGAUCUAGUGAUGGUUUUUCAGGGAGGAACUGCAUCUCAGGCUCUGCUGACUUCCAGAGUUUAGUGCCCAAGGUUGCCAGUCUGCUGGAUAAGCUCCACUCCAUGAGGCAACAUCUCCAUCAGAUGUGGCACGUCAGGAAACUGAAACUGGACCAGUGCUUCCAGCUCCGUCUGUUUGAACAGGAUGCUGAGAAGAUGUUUGACUGGAUCAGCCACAACAAGGAAGUGUUCCUGCAGAGUCACACAGAGAUUGGCCGAGGUUACCAACACGCCGUGGAGCUGCAGACUCAACACAACCACUUCGCCAUGAACUCCAUGAAUGCCUAUGUAAAUAUCAACAGAAUCAUGUCAGUGGCGAGCCGCCUGGCAGAAGCCGGUCACUACGCCUCCACACAGAUAAAACAGAUCUCCAGUCAGCUGGAUCAGGACUGGAAAAGUUUCGCUGCUGCACUUGACGAGCGCUCCACCAUCCUCGCCAUGUCGUCUGUCUUUCACCAGAAGGCUGAACAGUUCCUGUCAGAGGUGGAGGCCUGGUGUAAAGUCUGCAGUGAGGGAGGGUUACCGUCGGAGAUGCAGGAGCUGGAAAUCGCCAUCCACCGCCACCAGAGCCUGUACGAGCAGGUCACGCAGGCGUACACUGAGGUGAGUCAAGACGGCAAAGCCCUAUUGGACGUCCUCCAGAGGCCUCUGAGUCCCGGCAACUCUGAGUCGCUGACAGCCACUGCCAAUUACUCCAAAGCGGUUCACUGCAUCCUGGAUGUGGUUCAUGAGGUUCUCCACCAUCAGCGGCGUCUGGAGAAUAUUUGGCAGCAUCGAAAGGUCCGACUGCACCAGAGACUGCAGCUGUGUGUUUUCCAACAAGAUGUCCAACAGGUGAUGGACUGGAUUGAAAACCACGGCGAGGCUUUCCUCAGCAAACACACUGGUGUUGGGAAAUCCCUUCACAGAGCCCGAGCCCUGCAGAAGAGACACGAUGACUUUGAGGAUGUAGCUCAGAACACAUACACUAAUGCAGACAAGCUGCUGGAGGCAGCUGAGCAGCUGGCUCAGACCGGAGAGUGCGACCCAGAGGAAAUCUACAAGGCUGCCAGACACCUGGAAGUCCGAAUCCAGGACUUUGUCCGCCGAGUCGAACACAGGAAGCUGCUGCUGGACAUGUCCGUCUCCUUCCACACGCACACCAAGGAGCUGUGGUCGUGGAUGGAGGAGCUGCAGAAACAGCUGCUGGAUGAAGUUUGCUGCGAUUCGGUGGAUUCGGUUCAGACUCUGAUCCAGCAGUUUCAGCAGCAGCAGACGGCCACACUGGAGGCGACGCUCAAUGUGAUUAAAGAGGGAGAGGAAUUAAUACAGCAGCUCAGAGAUGCAGCCAUGUCGACCAAUAAGACACCACACUGCAGUUCCAUCGCACAUAUCCAGGGGGUGCUGCAGCAGCUGGACGAGGCGCAGGGCCAGAUGGAGGAACUGUUCCACGAACGCAAGAUCAAGCUGGACAUCUUCCUCCAGCUCCGCAUAUUUGAACAGUAUACUAUAGAGGUCACGGCGGAGUUGGACGCCUGGAACGAGGAUCUGUCUCGUCAGCUGAACGACGCCAGCCGCUCGGGCGGGAGCAGCGGCAGCAGCAGCGGGGGAGGCGGCACCUCCUCUGGCAGCGCGGAGGACAUAAGCCUGGCAGAGCAGCGGCUGAAACGACACGCGGAGAGGAAGGCGGCCAUGAACAACAUGACCUAUGAAGUGAUGCAGCAGGGUCAAGAUCUGCACCAGUACAUAAUGGAGGUCCAGGCUUCAGGGAUCGAGCUGACGGGGGAGAAGGACAUGGACUUGGCCUCUCAGGUUCAGGAGCUGUUGGAGUUCCUCCAUGAGAAGCAGCAGGAGGUGGAGCUCAACGCGCAACACACGCACACGCGGCUGGAGCAGACCCUGCAGCUACGCCACCUACAGGCCGAGGUUAAACAGGUGCUGGGUUGGAUUCGUAACGGUGAGUCCAUGUUGAACGCCAGCAUGGUGAACGCCAGCUCCUUGUCUGAGGCCGAGCAGCUGCAGAGGGAACAUGAGCAGUUCCAGAUGGCUAUAGAGUCUCUCUUUCAUGCUAACUCUCUCCAGAAGACUCAUCAGAGCGCCCUGCAGGUCCAGCAGAAAGCUGAGAUGAUGCUCCAGGCAGGUCACUAUGAUCCAGAGGCGAUCAGAGGCUGUGCUGAGAAAGUGGCGGUUCACUGGCAGCAGUUGAUGCUGAAGAUGGAGGACCGCCUGAAGCUGGUCAACGCCUCCGUGGCCUUUUACAAGACGUCUGAACAGGUGUGCAGUGUGUUGGAGAGUCUGGAGCAGGAGUAUCGUCGGGAUGAGGACUGGUGUGGCAGCCAUGAUAAACUGGGAAUGUCGGCCGACUGCGAACACCUUCUACCUCUGAUUAGUAAACACCUGGAGCAGAAAGAAGCCUUCCUCAAGGCGUGCACUCUGGCUCGAAGGAACGCUGAGGUGUUUCUGAAGUAUAUCCACAGGAACAAUGUGAGCAUGCCCGGAGCUGCAGGUCACACCAGAGGCCCCGAACAACAAGUGAAAGCCAUUCUGAACGAGCUGCUGCAGAGAGAGAACAGAGUCCUUCACUUCUGGACGUUAAAGAAACGAAGGCUGGACCAGUGUCAGCAGUACUUGGUGUUUGAACGCAGCGCCAAACAGGCGCUGGAUUGGAUCCAAGAGACAGGUGAAGUUUACUUGGCCACGCACACGUCACCUGGCGACAGCAGCGAGGAAACACAGCAGCUCCUCAACGACUACCAUCACUUCAGACUUUCUGCCAAGCAAACAAAGGAGAAAGUGAAGCUGCUGAUCCAGUUGGCAGACAACCUGGUGGAGAAAGGCCACGCCCACGUGUCGGAGCUGAAGCGCUGGGUCAGCACGGUGGACCGCAGAUACAGAGACUUCUCCCUACGCAUGGGCAAAUACCAGGAGAGCCUAGAAAGGAGCCUGGGGGUUAGCUCUGAGGACAAUAAAGACCUGGAGCUGGACACUAUCCCUGCCAGCCUGACAGACGACCCCGAGGUCAAACUGCGGGACCCAAACCAUGAGGUCAACGAGGAAAAGAGGAAGUCUGCCAGGAAGAAAGAGUUCAUCAUGGCCGAACUGCUGCAGACAGAGAAGACCUACGUCAGAGACCUCCAUGAGUGUCUCGAGACCUACCUGUGGGAGAUGACCAACGGUGUGGAAGAGAUUCCUCCAGGCAUCGCCAACAAGGAACACAUCAUCUUCGGCAAUAUGCAGGAUAUCUGCGACUUCCACAACAAUAUUUUCCUGAAGGAACUGGUGAACUAUGAACAGCUACCAGAGGAUGUUGGUCACUGCUUCGUCACCUGGGCUGAUAAGUUUCACAUUUAUGUCGAUUACUGUAAAAACAAACCAGACUCCAGUCAGCUCAUACUGGAGCACGCCGGCACCUUCUUCGACGACAUUCAGCAGAGGCGUGGACUGGCCAACUCCAUCUCCUCCUACCUCAUCAAACCAGUCCAGAGGAUCACCAAGUACCAACUACUGCUUAAGGAGCUACUGUCAUGUUGUGAGGAAGGUAAAGGGGAAAUUAAAGAUGGUUUGGAGGUGAUGCUCAGUGUUCCUAAGAGAGCCAAUGAUGCCAUGCAUCUCGCCAUGUUGGAGGGCUUUGAGGAGAACCUGGAGGUGCAGGGCGAGCUGAUCCUGCAGGACAGCUUUCAGGUUUGGGAUCCACGCUCUCUGAUCAGGAAGGGGCGGGACCGACACCUCUUCCUGUUCGAGUUCUCCUUGGUCUUCAGCAAGGAGAUCAAGGACUCAGCUGGCAGAACCAAGUACCAAUACAAAAACAAACUACUGACGUCGGAGUUGGGGGUAACCGAGCACAUUGAGGGCGACCCGUGUAAAUUUGCUCUGUGGGCAGGAAGAACUCCCUCCUCUGAUAAUAAAACGGUGCUAAAGGCGUCCAAUAUGGAAGCUAAACAGGAGUGGAUUAAAAACAUCAGGGAGGUGAUACAGGAGCGCAUGACUCACCUGAAGGGGGCGCUGAAGGAGCCUCUUCAUCUGCCUAAAACACCAGCACUGAGCAAACCCAGGAAUAACACUAGGAGGGAGGGAGGUGAAGAUGGAGACAGUCAGGGAGACGGCAGCAGCCAGCCAGAUACCAUCUCCAUCGCCUCCAGGACGUCGCAGAACACUGUAGACAGCGACAAGCUCUCUGGUGGAUGUGAGUUGACAGUCGUCCUGCAGGACUUCACAGCAGGAUGCAGCACGGAGAUGUCUGUCAGCACCGGCCAGACGGUGGAGCUGUUGGAGCGGCCGAGCGAGCGGCCCGGCUGGUGCCUGGUCCGAACCACCGAACGCACCCCCCCACAGGAGGGACUGGUCCCCAGCUCCGCACUCUGCGUGUCCCACUCACGCUCCAGUGUGGAGAUGGACUGCUUCUUCGGCUCGGGGAAAGAAAACUAUCCUGUUAGCGGCUCCGAUGGAAAGACAGAGUCCGUUGCAAACCUUCAGCCGCAGCCAUCGCUCAGCUCGCUGCAGUCCAGCUCGCCUGGUCCCAAACGCUCUGGAAACACUCUGAGGAAGUGGCUAACCAGUCCGGUCCGCCGCCUCAGCCACGGCAGCUCUGUGAAGAAGCUCCCCAACAACAAACAGAAGAAAACUGGACCAGGAGCAGGAAGAGAGGAAAGCAGAAAGAGCAUUGACCUCGGACAGCCCGACCAUGCCCUGCAGGAUGACAUCAUUGAUGAGAGAUUCAUCAGUAAGGAUGGUAACCUCCUGUCUAAGCCACCCUCUGGGAUGCAGAGUGGCGGUGAGGAGGAGCAGGACGAGGAGGCCCACACCCCUCUGCCUCCGCCCAUGGAGAUCAUCAAGGACCCCUCAGCUCAGGACGACAAGUCUUCAUCCUUGCUAACGUCUCUGCAGUCGUCCUCUGAGGUGCCCAGCGCCGCAGAGCUGGUUAGCGCCAUAGAAAAACUGGUUAAAACCAAGAUGACUCUGGAACCAGGAGCAUACCCUGGCUUCUCCUCUCUAUCUCCACCAGAGCAAACCACGCCCGUCCAGCCACGAAACCCUGAACUGGAGCAGAGGGCCAAAGCUAUGAGAGGACGGAUGUUUGUCCUGAACGAGCUGAUUCAGACAGAGAAGGACUACGUCAAAGACCUGGGCAUCGUGGUGGAGGGCUUCAUGAAGAAGAUAGAGGAGAAGGGCAUCCCUGAUGACAUGAAAGGAAAAGACAAAAUCGUCUUCGGGAACAUCCACCAGAUCUACGACUGGCACAGAGAUUUCUUUGUAGGAGAGCUGGAGAAAUGUCUGGACGACCACGAACACCUCCCUGAGCUCUUCAUCAAACAUGAGAGAAGACUCCACAUGUACGUGGUUUACUGUCAGAAUAAGCCGAAGUCAGAGUACAUUGUAGCAGAAUAUGACACGUAUUUUGAGGGGAUCCAGCAGGACAUCCAGUCCAGGUUGAGCAUCAGUGACUUUCUCAUCAAACCAAUCCAGAGAAUCACCAAAUACCAGCUGCUACUGAAGGACUUCCUGAAGUACAGCUCAAAGGCAGGCAUGGACUGUGAACAGAUUGAGAAAGCCGUGGAUUUGAUGUCUCAGGUCCCUAAACUGUGUAAUGACAUGAUGAAUUUAGGUCGGCUGCAGGGAUACGAGGGUAAACUGACCUGUCAGGGCAAACUGCUGCAGCAGGAAACCUUCUUUGUGACAGAGCAGGACGCCGGCGUCCUGUCGCGCUCCAAAGAACGACGAGUUUUCCUCUUUGAGCAGAUCGUCAUCUUCAGCGAGCUGCUCAGGAAAGGAUCGUCCACGCCGGGAUACCAGUUCAAGAAGAGCAUCAAGGUAUCCUACCUCGGUCUGGAGGACAGCGCGGAUAACGAUCCCUGUAAGUUCGUCUUGUCGUGCCGAGGCUCGUCGGAACGUUUCACCCUGCAGGCUGCCAACGUCGACAUCAAGCAGGUCUGGGUCCGACACAUCCAGGACGUCCUGGAUGCUCAGAGCAACUUCCUGUCUGCUCUCCAGUCUCCCAUUGAGUACCAGAAGGAGAAGGGCGGAGCAGGCAGCAGCUCCUCACUGACCAGGAACCGCUCGUCCUCGGGGAACCGGCCCACCAUGUCGUCACACAGCCGUCCGUCCUCUGCAGUCGGGCUUGGCGAGAAGGAGACGGAAAGAGGGAGGACCCAGAUGAAAGUGUCUACCUCCAAUGGCGGUUCGACGUGUUUCGACUCCAGGGAUGGUGACGGCGGCUGUAACGGCGUCUCCUCUACCAUGCUGGUCUCUCAGGACUACUCGGCGCUCAAGGAGAACGAGAUCUGCGUCAGUCAGGGGGAGACGGUGCAAAUCCUGGCCACCAAUCAGCAGAACAUGUACCUUGUUUACCGGCCAGCCAACAGCCAGUCGCCCGCCGCGGAGGGCUGGGUGCCGGGACACAUCUUGGGCCCGAUCACAAAGUCCAUAAAAGACUCUUCUUCUACUUCCUCCUUCUCGGCGGCGGUGGCGGACGCCAACAACAUCAAGAAGUCACUGUCAUGGAACACACUGCGUGCCAGGAAGCGCGCUGAAGCCAAGGACGUCACCUCGGUGGGGGUCAGAGGUCAGGAGAAUGGCCUCCUCCGUAAACCCAAAGAAACCACGCCCCCUCCCCCGCUCGCCUCCCCCGCCACCAGGGCGAAGGGCAAAGACGUUCACACGUCAGAUGAGUCCGACUGUGAUGAUGACCUUGACCCCAAAACGGGCAUGGAGCUCCUCAACCCAAACUUUAUCCAAGAAGUGGCUCCAGAGUUCCUCAACCCUCUGUCAGACGUGGUGUGUGCGUUCGGGGAGACUGUGGUCCUCUGCUGUAAAGUGUGUGGACGACCCAAACCCACCGUCACCCUGAAGGGCCCCGACCAGAACCCAGUGACCAGCAACAGCCGCUUCACCAUAGACAUCAGGGAUACAGGUGACAUCUUGUUGAAGAUCUGUAAUCUGAUGCCUCAGGACACGGGCAUCUACACCUGCGUUGCCGUUAAUGACCACGGCUCUGCCUCCUCCUCUGCCUCCAUUAAAGUGCAAGGUAUCCCAGCAGCCCCUGGGAGACCAGUGGCCCAGGAGGCCAGCAGCACGGCGGUGAUGAUCCACUGGCCGCCUCCGGCUUCAUCCGCUCACUGUGCUGUUAGCAGCUACACUGUGGAGUACAGACAGGAAGACUCGUUGCUAUGGCAGCAGGUGGCCAGCAGCAGAGAGGAGUGUGUUCAAAUCGACACUCUGAUCCCCGGAGGUCACUAUCAGUUCAGAGUGCGAGCCUCCAACCGCUGGGGCAUCGGCCCGCCAUCAGAGCCCUCGAAUAUGGUCACACUGCCCAGCAGCAACUCUGGGUACGAUGGAACAGGGAUCCAGUGGAAAGAAAACUUUGAGUCGACCUUCACUGAGAUCUCUGAGAUCGGAAGGGGACGAUUCUCAGCGGUGAGAAAAUGUCUCAACAAGUCUACAAAGAAAGAGGUUGCGGUUAAGUUUGUGAGUAAGAAGAUGCAGAAGAAGGAGCAGGUGGCUCACGAGGCGGACGUCCUCCGACAUGUACAGCAUCACCAGCUGGUGGCGUUGUUGGACACAUAUGAGUCUCCCACCUCUCUGAUGCUGAUCCUGGAGCUGCUGGAAGACGGUCGUUUGCUCGAUUACCUCGUCGCCCACGAUGAGCUGAUGGAGGAGAAGGUGGCGUUCUUCAUUAGAGAGACGCUGGAGGCUGUGCAGCACCUUCACACCUGCCGAGUGGCACACCUGGAUCUGAAGCCUGAGAACAUCAUGGUGGACCUCCACUCUCCCACCCCAGGCAUUAAGCUCAUCGACCUCGGCGAUGCCGUCCAGCUGUCAGCCCACCGCCGGUACGUCCACCUCUUACUUGGAAACCCAGAGUUUGCUGCACCCGAGCUCAUCCGUGGCACGCCGGUCUCUGUCGCGACAGACGUGUGGAGCGUCGGCGUGCUGGCUUACGUGAUGCUCAGCGGCGUCUCCCCGUUUCUGGAUGAAUCACCCGAAGAAACCUGCGUCAACAUCUGCCGCCUGGACUUCUGCUUCCCGGAUGAGUACUUCAGCGAUGUGAGCCAGGCGGCGAGGGACUUUGUGUCCUCGGUGCUGCAGCAGGAUCCCAGGAAGAGGCCGAGCGCUACUUCCUGUCUGCAGCACCCGUGGGUGGGUCGUGGGGGUGCACAUGGCGGGGAGUACUCCAAGACACCCCUGGACACGACGCGGUUGGCGACGUUCAUUGACCGAAGGAGACAGCUGCAUGACGUUCGGCCCAUCACUAAUAUCAAAGGGCUGGUGAGCAGCAGCAUGGGCAACACACUGUGACGGAGAGGAGCUCUGAGUGCGACUCCACCUGUGACCACCAGGGCGUCCACCAGGGCACCCACCUGGGCACCCACAAUAACAUCACAAUAUACUUUAAGCAUUUAAUUAUCUUUAGUAUUUAUUAUGUAUGAGUGGGAGAGGUGCCUGAAUCCUUCCUGUGGUGUCAGAUUUACUUCUUGCUGUAGGACCACUCUGUCACCACUUGAUCAAACUUCGAAGCAGAAAAAAUAUUUGAAAUUUAUGGCUGUACGAUAUUUAAUUACCGACUAACACUUCAUCUGAUCUUUGUUCACCUAGUAUCAACCAUUACAUAUGAAGCGGGUCCCAUAAACUGCCUAAAACACCCCGUAAGAACCCAAAGAAAUUACCUCAAAGCUGAGAAAACGAGCAUUUAGAAAACACACUGUGAGCAGGCGUAAUGACAACAUGUUAGUUUAUAUUUGUAAUGUUUAUUUUUCCAGGGACAAAUAAUAUAUCAGUGGCGCGAGCCCGUCAUGUUAGGAGCUAAUCUUAUCUGCAGACGGCUGUUGGUGCUGUUGCUCAGGAGCACUGAGUCCUGCAGGGACCGGCCGGCAGAGUCAGACUCACUGAGAAGCAUUUUAACACCCGUGCCCAGCUAACAUGCUUCUGCUAACAUAACUUAAUAUAUUUAAAUGUGAGAUCCACAGUGAUAUUUUGCCUGACCAGUGAGUGACAUCAAGGUUGGUCAGUAGCAAAAAUGGUAACACACUGUGACAUAACUGCUAACAAUGUAUUUGUAGUCAUCAGGUCUGAUUGAAUUAGUGUCACAAGGAGCUUUCAUGGAGGAUUUAAAGAGACAGUUCAUUCCUAAAAAAAAAUACAUAUAUAUAUAUUUCCUCUCACCUAUAGUGCUAUUUAUCAGUCUAAGUUGUUCUGGUUGUUCCGGCAGUUACCGAGUGUUGGAGAUAUCAACCUUCUCUCCAGUAUAAUAGAACUAGAUGAUACACACUGAACAGUUUCAUGUAGGAACUAUUUUCUCUCUACCAAACUACACCUGCCAACCGAAUCUCUACGCAGAGGGAAGUGUGCAUCUACUCAUGGACGAACAUUAUUGGUAUCCUCCUCGGCUGCGCUGUAACGUUAGCUAGCUCAGUGGGCCUAGGUGAGCUAGCAGUAUCAAACAAAGAUGCAUGCUUUCUUUUGCACGGUGAUACAGUUGGAAAAAUCAAGGCCAGUUUAUGUGGCGCAUUUCAGCAACAAGGAGUCAGAGUGCUUUACAUAAAACAUCAAGAUGAAGUGCGAAAGAAACACAUUAAAACAAGCUGACAUAGCAAACAAGCUAAAGUAGAAUAAGACAGGUAUAAAAUACAAGAAUAAUUGUUACAGUGCAGUGUAAGAACCCAGUGAUGGUAGUGUCGGCAGCCACAAUCAGGCCAGCUGAUUUGGCCCAACUCUGGGCGUCAUUCAUACCAAGUCUCAGCCAAGUCGGGCAAGCGGAUGCAGCCCAGCUAAUUUCAUCUGGCAUGCCAAGUUUGGGCAGAUGCCAGGCCAAGUAAUUUCUAAUAACAGCCCAGGGAUGGCAGUGUCGGCAGCCGGAAUCAGGCCAGCUGAUUUUGCCCGAUUCUGGGGCGUCAUUCAUGCCGAAUCUCAGCUGAGUCAGGCAACCGGAUCCAGCUGGACUAAUUUCAUCCUUCUGGGCCAGGUCAUUUUGUCUACUUGGGAAAUGACAAAAUAAAGCUUGAAUAAAAAGCAGCGGCAAACAGAAAAGUUGAGAGUUGUAGCAGACCUGCAGGUUUCACGAAGUUUGUUCCGGAUAUAUGGUGCAUAAAAACUAAAUGCUGCAUCUCUGUUUAGUUUUGACUCUGGGGACACAAAGCAGACCUGUCCAUGAAGACCUGAGAGGUCUGGAUGGUUCAUGAUCAGAGAUCAUAGUGUAUUUUGGCCCAAACCAUUCAGUGCUUUAUAAACAUACAGUAGAAUUCUUUGACAGUCAUUAACCGGUGUAAAGACCUCAGAACUAGAGUGAUGUGAUCACUUUCUUGGUCUUAGUGAGGACUUGAAUAGCAGCAUUCUGAAUCGGUUUUAACUGUCUAAUUAAUUUUAUCGUGUAGUUGGUGAGGCAGGUGUAGUUCGGUAGACAGAAAAUAGUUCCUACACGAAACAGCUCACAACAAGGUAUGUGGAUUAUCUUGAGACAUUGAUGAUGAGUUUUUCAAAUUUGUUUUUUGGUGCUUUGACCACAAUAAGCUGAAUGACAUCUAGUUCAACUAUACUGGAGAGAAGGCAGACAUCACCAUGGCUGAUAUCUCCAACACUCUGCAACUCACACCAAAACAAUCUAGACUGAGAAAUAGCGCUACAGGUGAGAGGAAAAAUAUGAAUUUUGGAUUUUGGGGUGUACUGACCCUUUCAAAGGGAAUCCGAUAGAUGUAUUGGAGGAGUUAGAAAACGUGCAGCUUUUUAAUGUUAAUGUCAUCCUGGGUCAAUGUCUCGCUCAAUAACAUUCUAACAGGAUUUCUAGAAUUUGGCGACUGAACCUGAAACUGUAGCUGCGUAAUACAUAAAGCGGCUCCAGUAACAAAGAAGGCUUUCAAGUAGUGAUGGGGGUGUUUCAGCACACCCAUCAAGAAAACUUAAUAAAUUAAAUUUGGGUGUGAAAAUCAGACUCUGAAGUUGAUGGCAUGAAUGUAGAAUAUAAAUAAGGUGAUGAUAGCUGAGGAGGGGAGAGUAAAUCAGUCCACAUCCACACUAACUGAAAAUAUAAAUUCUUCUCGCUUGUUCAAUCCUCUCCAGUAAUAAUCAGUUUAAACAAGGUGUGUCCUAAACGACAGAGAGCAAAAAACUCAGCUUAAAAAGUGAUAUUUAAUCUUUUUGUCCAUUUGUUAUGAAGCUUAACAGGCCACCUAUGUCCUACCGAAGAUUUCUAAAUAACGCCCUGUAGCUGCGACUAAAAUCACCCACAUGGAUCGUUUCCUGGACUGGAUGCAACAGCACUGAAUCUCGCUCUGAUGAACCUAUUAAUUUAUUGAAUGUUUAUUUAUUUCUGGACUGAUGUUUUGAGAGUGAAAUUAUUUUGCAGUAGUGAGCCGGAGCCGUCUGGAGCCGACAUUUAGAGACGACUAAAUCAAACUGAAGUCACUGAACAGCUGCUGGACUGUGCAGCAGCAGCAGCAGCAGCAGCGGCCGCAGAGUUUACGUUGUGAAUAGUGUCGUCGUGAACCGCUGGAGUUUACAUGGAAUCACUGACUCAUCUGUACUGGACAAUGAACUGGGUUAAAAAGGGUGGACGUAGGUGAAGGUGGAAAAAAAUCACCUUGUAGAGCAAACAGAGGACGACUGGACCUUACACAGGGACACAGAAGGCACCACGGAGAGCGAAACCCUCUCUAUAGGAUAAUCUGUUCGUAUCACUGUUUACAAAUACUUUGUCCAAAAAAAUGCUUAGGUAGUUUACAGAAAAGAGUAGAGUAAUCAGGGAAAUCCUGCAUGUAAAUUCACCAGGGAUGGUUUAGAAAUCAGGUUAGAAAUCUGUGACAUUUGGUGUUAAAGGCUGGAGACGAGCUCCACCCUGAAACUGUUCUGUUUGUACAUUUGUCUAGAGCCGCCGUGGCGAGAAACCGACCAUCGUGUGUGGUUCCCAUUCUCAUUUGUCUUGUAAAAUAGUUCAUGUUCAUGCGGCUGAGUCGCUCUCAGAUUUAGACAGAAGAGUCCAUUUCCUGUCUUGUUUCUACUGAUGAAUGUAAAAAAUGUAGAAUGUGUUUCUGCCAUCACAAGUGCUGUCCUCUGCUUUCACCAAAUGCUUUCACAACGCUUUCCCCCUCUCGCCAUUUUGCAUCCCCAACUCCCCCGCAAGCAUUUAGUGUUUCUGCGAUAGUAAGCAUUUAUUUUUAAGCAGCCGGGGAUGCAGAAUGGUGCAAAUGUAAAGCAAGCCAGCGUUCUGUAGAAGCAGCUUUCACCAUUUGAUGACUAGUACAACAACAUCCAUGAAAAUCUGCCAGUGUGAUAGUUUGUGUUGAUCAGUGCAGCUGUAACGAGAUCUAUUCAGGUACCAGUGAAGCAGCAGUUCGGCUGUUUCAUCUCAGUUUCAUCUUCUCAGCAGCGACUCUGGAUCAGUGACGUUGGAAACACAAGAUUUCUCUUUCCUGAAGGGUCUGAGAUACAGUUAUCUCAUCAUCCAGCAUGGCGGCACACUCUGUAAACAACACACAGCAUUACGUUUAACACCUUUAUUCAUCUCCUCCUAACACACAGAACAGCUUUGUGCUCAAUGGUUAAAAAUAUAAGAAGUACCUAAAGUUAACUACUAACUGUAUCAACUAACUAGCUGAUGUUAAACGCUGUUGACAACAUUAGUGCUGAAACAAUCAGCCCGUUCAGUAAAAAAAAAUAUUGAUAGCAUAAUCCAUAUUAGUUGCAGCGCAGCAGAAUAACAAAAAAAAUCAUCUCAGUCUUUGAUAGGAGGCUUAAACUGUUCAAUAUUAGAUAAGAAAAAUAAAACUUUGACUACAUACAGACAUUAUGUAAUUUAACCAUGAAAAUGUUCAAUAAUCCAGUCAGUUAUAAAACUGGCUCUUCCCUGUGUCCUGAUUGAUGGUUAAUGAUGAUAAAAAAAGUGGCUUUAUGAACCUGUUUAUACCUGGUAUUAACAUGCGUUUUGGUGAUCUGAACACAAGAGGGCAGUCAAGACACAUCACGCUUCUCCAGCUGACCACUUGUGUUCAGAUUUCUUUACUGCCUACAUCACUUACGCUAGAAGAUCACACAGUUAAUACGUCCACACUCUCGCUAGGCGCUUGCUAGCAUGCUUGCUAGUUAUGUUAGGUGGGUACAGAUCGAGAGCAGAAAUUUCCUCCCACAGGGCAAAAUGAUAGACAGUCACGUAACACUUUGUUCAGUUCAUCAUGAAUACAGUGUGCCAGGGCUGACGUCAAAACCUGGAAGUUUAGCAUCGCGCUGGUUCCCGGAAGAGAAAGUGAAUGUGAUUUUUGCAUUGCGUUUUGGAUUAUGUCAGAAAAUAAGCUCUGUGGCUAACACAAGUUUAUGAUACUUACAGGUUUUGUUCAGCGAGAUAAUCUUCACAUAUGAAC